AGGAGGAGUGCAAAAAAAAUUGCGAAAACACGGAUGAUCAGAACUGUGAAAAUAUUGUAUUUUCAUAACUUUCAGGGCUAUUCUGACGCUGCGAAUGAAUGUACAACCCAAUGGCGGGACUGGACGACUACGAGAGGUAUCUGGAAGAGGAAGAUGAGUUAGAUAAUGCACGGUUUUUAUCAGCAUACAAAUCGACGCUAGAUGAUACCCCGUACCAUUUUAUCAACUCGGAACGGGAUCUAACGCUGCCUCUGCAGAAGCACAAGAAUGUUCAACCGCUCUACGAAAGUCCCGAAGAUGAAAUAUCGCUCCGAAAAUACCUCGGGGCCAGUGUGAACCUCAUCAGCUUAAUAACGGAGAACCUGCUAUGCCAUCCGUUUUUGGUACUGCGGCGACAAUGCCAGGUGCAUCACGCGUCAAAAAGAUAUCACGUCUUGCCGGUCACACUGUUGCCGGUAAUUGUGCACCUGCAUCAACGGCAAGGAGUCACUACGCUAUGGAAAGGUAUUGGAAGCGUGCUUCUAGUUCGCGGCAUGACGUUAGCCGUGGAAGAUGUGAUAUCCAAAUUUACACCCUGGCCAAAGGAGAUCAAUACAAAGACGACUCUCAAGCAAUUCGGUCAACAUAUACUACUGAAGUGCAUUAGCAUAGCAACAGUUGUCCCAUUCUACACCGCGUCGCUCGUUGAAACCGUCCAAAGCGACAUUGCCAGUGAAAAGCCGGGUAUUUUUGAUGUAUUUCGGGAGGGCACUAGUCGUUUGCUUUCCUGGAGUGUUCCGCAGAAGGGACGGAUGCUUCCUGUGUGGGCCUUGGUAGGACCGAGUAUAUCUCUUGGAAUAUCCAAAUACAUUUGCCAGUUGUUCAUUCGUGGCAUUUCCACUCGAAUCAUGUGCAGAAGGGUAACAUUUUACGAGGAAAAGAGGGGCGCACGCACACGGGACUUUGCCGCACAGAGCCAGGUUAUUGAAGUCUACUCGACCAUGAUUUCCCUGAUGACCACAGAGAUGAUCUUCUAUCCGUUCGAAACUAUCCUACACCGCAUCCAGCUGCAAGGUACACGCACAAUCAUCGAUAACCUGGACUCCGGUUACUCGGUAGUUCCCAUCCUGACCAGUUACGAAGGUGUGAUGGAUUGCUAUCGGCAAACGGUAGCCACCGAAGGGGUCGCCGGCCUGUACAAAGGGUUCGGGGCGAUGAUACUUCAGUUUGCGGCACAUGUCGCCGUUAUAAAGCUAGGCAAAUGGUUCAUUACUCAGAUUUCGGAGCUGAUGUCGAGCAAGCCGCCUGCGAAGGUAGUUGAGUUCUACAAACUGGAGGACAAAACCCCCGUCGGGUCGGCGACAAUGUCCCGGAGCAUUAGCGGCAUCAGCUCACUUAGCAACGAACUAUCGUAGUAUAUUCGUGUAGGCGCAUGUUGAAUGAUACAUAAAUAAAAUAUUUGUUUGAACCUUAAACGGAA